AUGGUAACUUAUAGUGACAGGUGUUUGUCGGUGUUUUGUGUUAAUCAAGACAAGAAUGCAAACAACGAAGACGGAAUUGAAAACCUAGAUAACAAUGAAGAUAAUGGAAAUACAUGUCACCCCGAAAAUAUUCCCCUUCGGGAUGUAGAGAGUGACAACAACGACAGCGACCAAAACAGUGACAAUGGCGAGAGUGACCAAAAAAAUGAUCCUGACUGUAUUCAACUAGAAGAUGAAAACGACACCAUCCAAGAAGAACUGCAGGAUAACGCAGCGGGAUCCCAAAAGCAGGAUAACGAAAAUAACACAAAUAAACGAAAAUAUAACAAAAAUAACUCAGAUAGUGAUAUAGAAGACGAUGAAUUAGAAAAUGAAGAUAGAACUCAAGAAGAAACGAAGGAACCCUUAAAGAAAAAAGGGAAACUGGUUACCAGAGAAGAAAGAGCAAAAAACAAAUAUUUGCGAAUGCGUGGAAAGUCAUACAAAGGACUUAAGAAGGACACAGAUGGUAAAUAUAAACUAAUAAAUGCAGUUGCUCCACGAAGUAUUGGACAAACUUGUACUUCACAAAAGUGUCAAAAAUCAAAGGUACUGAAAUGUGGGAUAUUCACAGAAAGAGAAAGGGAAGAAAUGUUUAAAAAGUUCUGGGAAGAUUUAACGUGGGAUAUGAAAAGGACUUAUAUUAGCUCUCUUGUAGAUACAGUCCCAGCAAAGAGAAAGAAAGCAGAUUCAANCGGAACUUCAUGGUCUAAUGUACCUUCCUGCCGGUGA